GAAACAGGGACCUGCGGGGAGAAAAACAGGACUUUAUCAAGAAUAAUAAGAACCAAAGCACAGUCAAAAUACAUCUAAAUUAAGAAGAAGAGAACACAAGGGCUUCCUCUCCUUUUCCGCUUGGAACCAUGUGCAUCCAUAUCUCAAGUGAGUGAGUGAAGUGGGGGGGAGGGGACACUUGUAUCACAACACCUCGGCACAGGUGCUACUACCAUGAGGAAAAUCCUGUUGGGUUGGGGGCUGAUGCUGGCGGCUGGGGUAAUGGGGGCUAGCGUAGUGGGUGCUAGUGGAGGUAGAGGGCAGAGGCGCAGAGGAGAAAAGCGCAGGGGGCUCCAUCGUGUCCAGCACGGCCACUGCAGCUACACCUUCAUCCUACCAGAGAUGGAGCGCUGUCAGGCCAGCCCGGACCAAUACGGCAGCACCGACAUGGUUCAAAGGGACACACCACCCCCUGGAGAGAGUGACUGGUCUGCACAGAAAUUGCAGCACCUGGAGACAGCCAUGGAGAACAACACGCAGUGGCUGCAGAAGCUAGAAAAGUAUAUCCAGGAAAACAUCAAGAUGGAGAUGGGGCAUAUUCAAGACCAUGCAGUACACAACCAGACUGCUACCAUGCUGGAAAUCGGAACUAACCUGUUGACUCAGACUGCAGAACAGACCCACAAGUUAAACGCUGUCGAGGCUAAGGUUAUGAACCAGACAUCAAGAAUUGAGAUCAAGUUGUUGGAGAACUCAUUAUCUACAAACAAACUGGAAAAGGAAUUAUUGGUACAGACUUCUAAAAUCACUAAACUGCAAGACAAGAACAGUCAUUUGGAGAACAAGGUGCAGGUGUUGGAGUCACAGCAGCGGGACGAGCUGGAGGACAUGAGGGAGGAGAAGAAUAGGCUACAAGGAUUGGUGAGGACCCAGAUGACAGCCAUCGAGGCUCUAGAGAGACAGCUGAGGGUGGCCAGCACCAACAACUCAGCCCUGCAAAGGCAGCAUCAGCAGCUCAUGGAGUCGGUUCACACGCUCAUCAACAUGGUGUCUACCGGUACAGGGAAAUUGCUGAGAGACCAGAGGUUUUGUGAUUGUGCAGAAGCCUAUAAAGCAGGACACAACAUCAGUGGAGUCUACUACAUAUACAUCAGUAACAUGACAGAACCCACCCAGGUGUUUUGUGACAUGGAGACUAGUGGUGGAGGCUGGACAUUGUUCCAGCGCAGGGUCAACGGCAGUGUGGACUUCCAGAGAACAUGGAAGGAAUACAAAAUGGGUUUUGGGGACCCUGCGGGAGAGCACUGGCUUGGGAAUGAGCUGGCGUUUCAGAUGACCAGUCAGACCCAGUAUGCCCUGAGAGUGGAGCUGAGAGACUGGGAGGGGAACACACCCUACUCCCACUACGACAAGUUCCAACUGGCCAGUGAGAAACAACAAUACAGGCUGUUCCUGUGGGGCUACAGUGGAACAGCAGGAGAGCAGAGCAGCCUGGUAUCGCAUGGCACCAGCUUCAGCACCCGCGACGCCGACAACGACAACUGCCUGUGCAAGUGUGCCCUCAUGCUGACUGGGGGUUGGUGGUUUGACGCUUGUGGCCUGUCCAACCUCAAUGGCAUUUACUACACAGUGGGCCACAACAUCCGCAAGCUAAACGGCAUAAAGUGGCAUCACUUUCGGGGACCGAGUUAUUCACUUAGUUCGACAGCCAUGAUGAUCCGACCAUCCGACUUCUAAGACCGGACAGUCAUUUGGAGAGGAGAAGGGCUGUGAAUGGGAAAGGGACAGACAUUUCUUUGCCUCAUUGUCUCCAGGACAAAGACAAACAGGUGUAAAUGUACGUUUUUAAUAAUAAACAAUCAAUCAGUCACUGGAUGACUGGGUGUUAUUUAGUACAAGCGAAAACGUUGGGAGUCAGCAGAAGAGACCAGACUGAUAGUCUCCAUCACUUGGCAUCUUUAUGCAGUGUAGAUCUGGCCUCAGCUCUUUUUAAUAUAUACUAUAAUGUGCCAGAUUCGCAGUCCUCUGAUGUCUUGCUUUACCACAAUGUACUAGUGAUGUCAAAAAUACACAUCUACACAGCUCCCUCACACCCUCAGUGUUUAUUCCAGAACAUUCUGAAGCCGUCAUCAUCAAGACAAUGUCAAAUGAAUAUAUAGGAAUGUUUCAUAUCCAUGAGCCAAGAGGACUAUUUUAAAUAAACCACAGAUAAAGACACCAAGACAAAGAAAUGGAGGACAUUUUGGCCAGAAUGUGCCAGAAUAUUUUAUGAUUGACAAGAUGUGAUAUGGACAGAUCAUACUGUGAGGCCUGCUUAUGAAAUAUUUCAACGUUCCUACUUUUUUUUGCAAAAUUGUAUUUGCGUACUGUAAAUGUGAUCUAAACUUUGACUUAAUUGUUUUGCCUAACUGGAUUGUAUGUUUAAAGUUUGGGUUCAUUGCUCUGCCAUUUCGUGUGAAUCUGUUAAUAUUUCUCUAAGCUUGUUUUUUCUAUUAAGGAUAUCUCUACAGUCACACAUGAGUUAAGUGUGCAUAAAAGGAACGUAAUUCCCUUUUUAUGUACUUUUCUCUAUAUGCAUAUUCUGACCUUGAAUUUAAGCAUGAGUAUAGAAUGCUAUUCACCCACUAUUAGUUUGGAGUGGAGAUGAAAUAAAUGGAGGUGUGGCGGAGGUGUGUCUACAGAUACUCUGUAUUCUGACCUUGA